CUGAACCGUGAAGAUGCGGUGUUCGGUUCGACUUCUCCUUGUAAUUUUCUUAGUUUUAACAGCCAGCAAUGCAGAAAACAAGAAAUUAAACGCACUACUUAUAAUGGCUGACGAUGGAGGCUUUGAAAUUGGUGCCUACCGAAACAAAAUUUGCCAAACACCGAACUUAGACGAGCUAGCAAGUAACAGUCUUAUUUUUAACAAAGCCUACACGUCUGUAAGCAGUUGCUCUCCAAGCCGUUCAGCUUUACUUACCGGCAUGCCUUCACAUCAAAACGGAAUGUACGGUUUGCAUCAAGGAAAACAUCACUUUGAUUCCUUCGCUAAUAUAGUUAGUCUACCAAAGAUUUUGAAAGGAAAUGGUGUAAGGACAGGAAUAAUUGGCAAAAAACAUGUUGGUCCCGAAAGUGUAUAUCCAUUCGAUUACUCGCAAACGGAAGAAAAUAAUUCUAUUUUACAAGUUGGCAGAAAUAUUACCCACAUUAAAAUGUUGGCGAGGGAAUUUUUAACUAACACGACACAACCAUUUUUCUUAUAUAUCGCCUUCCACGAUCCCCAUCGAUGCGGUCACACUAAUCCGGAAUACGGAGAAUUCUGUCAACAUUUCGGAAAUGGCGACCCCGGAAUGGGUCUAAUUCCAGACUGGCAGCCCAUCUACUAUCAACCCGAUGAACUCGAACUGCCUUACUACGUCCCAGACACCCAAGCCGCCAGACGAGACGUAGCGGCACAGUACACAACGGUUUCUAGGCUAGAUCAAGGUGUGGGGCUAAUUCUUCAAGAACUGAAAAAUUCUGGUCACCUCGAUGAUACGCUCGUGAUAUAUACCUCCGACAAUGGUAUUCCCUUCCCGAACGGUAGAACUAAUCUUUACGAUUCGGGUAUCGCCGAACCAAUGCUCGUUUCCUCGCCUCUGCAUAAGGAGAGACGAAACCAAGUGACCAAUUCUUUGACGAGCCUUCUGGACGUUGUACCUACGUUAUUAGACUGGUACGACAUUAAACAAGAAGAUUCUACCGAAAGCAAUAAGAUAGAGCAAAAAACAUCAUUAACGGGAAAAAGUUUGCUACCGCUUCUCAUUAAAGAACCCGAUGAUAAAUCAAGGGAAGCGGUUUUCGCCAGCCACAACCUUCACGAAAUCACUAUGUAUUAUCCCAUGAGGAUGAUUCGUACCCAACGCUACAAACUUAUUCACAAUAUUAAUUACAACAGCCCCUUUCCCAUCGAUCAAGACUUUUACUUGUCUCCCACGUUUCAGGACAUUCUAAAUAGAACAAAGUCUAACGAAAACCUGUACUGGUUUAAAACUUUGAAAGAAUAUUACAAACGACCAGAAUGGGAAUUGUUCGAUCUCAAGUAUGAUCCGGAAGAGUUAAAUAACAUCGUUAAAAAAAACAGUUCUCAAGAAAUCUUUCAACAACUCAAAAAGAGAUUGUUCAAAUGGCAAAAAGGAACCGACGAUCCCUGGAUAUGUUCCCCGCAUGCCGUGUUUGAAAACAAGGGCGUUUUUAAGGAUAAUCCGCAAUGCUUAGAUCUCGAUAACGUCUGGUGAAUUUUACGUACGUUUUAUAGUGAAAAUGUUAUUUUAAUACUCGAAUAAACUGAAAUAUUUUGAAA